CAGGCGUUGGCGGUUGAUCAGACAGAGGAAUGAAUGUGUUUACAGGAUGUGAGUUGUGUUCUUUCCUCCUUUACCUUCUGAGGGCUCCUUGCACCUCAUGGUGACAGGUGGGAAUCAUGACACAGAAGGGCAGUUUGAAGUCGGUGAAGAAAAACAAGGCGGAAGAACCUGAAUUGGAGCCCCUGUGCUGCUGCGAAUACAUAGAUCGAAAUGGGGAGAAGAACCACGUGGCCGCUUUUUUAUGUGAUUGCCAAGAUCUGGAUGAAGGGUGUGAGAGAUGGAUUACCUGUAAAUCCGCACAGCCGGAGACCUGUGAAAGAAUCAUGGAUACAAUCUCUGAUCGCCUCCGAAUUCCUUGGCUUCGAGGAGCCAAAAAAGUUAACAUUAGCAUCAUUCCCCCGCUCGUCCUCCUGCCCGUCUUCCUCCGAGUGGCCUCCUGGCAUGUCCUCCUGGGGGCGGGGGUCCUGGCCUCCCUCCCGGCGCUGGGCCUGUGGUACUACUACCUCACGCACAGGAGGAAGGAGCCCACGCUGUUCUUCCUGAGCCUCGGGCUCUUCUCUCUGGGCUACAUGUACUACGUGUUCCUGCAGGAGGUGGUCCCCAAAGGGCGUGUGGGGCCCACCCAGCUGGCUCUUCUUACCUGCGGGUUGUUUCUGAUCCUCGUAGCCUUGUAUAGAGCCAAGAAGAAUCCAGGCUACCUCAGAAAUCCAGGCAGCGAGGACGCAUCUCUAGGCAGGAGCCGAACCCAGUGCCCGGACAGAAAAGGGCAGAAGCCCAGAGGGCUCCUCAGCGCAGAUCCGUCAGCCGUUCUCAACAACCGCACGCUGAGGGAUGACCAGAAGGGCUCGUCCAGGCUCUUGGCCGGAAGCCCCCCCAAGGUGAAGGAGGACUGGUGUGCCCAGUGCCAGCUGGUGCGACCCGCCCGGGCGUGGCAUUGCCGGAUAUGUGGCAUCUGUGUGAGGAGAAUGGAUCAUCACUGUGUCUGGAUAAAUAGCUGUGUCGGAGAAUCAAAUCAUCAAGCAUUUAUACUUGCCCUGUCCGUCUUCUUGCUCACCUCGGUGUAUGGGAUCACGCUGACCUUGGACACCAUUUGUAGAGAUAGAAGUGUCUUCACAGCCCUCUUCUAUUGUCCUGGAGUUUAUGCAGAUUACAGCUCGGCUCUGUCCUUCACGUGCGUGUGGUACUCUGUGAUCAUCACAGCGGGCAUGGCCUACAUCUUCCUGAUCCAGCUGAUAAACAUCAGCUACAACGUGACCGAGAGGGAAGUGCAGCAGGCCCUUCGACAGAAGACGGGGCGCCGGCUCCUCUGUGGGCUCAUCGUGGACACAGGCCAGUACAAUAGGGGCUUCCUGCGGAACUGGCACCAGUUCUCCACCCUGGGCACUGCCCCGUUCCAGCACCCCGCCGAGGACAUUGUCUGAAGUGCCUUCCAUGCGGAUCCGCGAGGGGCGGCGCCUCCCUCUGCUUCCCUCCAUCCUACACUCCGGUGUCCAUGCGGGGUGUUUGCUUUUAUCCCGAUUUUCUUAAAGGCAUUAUAGGGCUAUGCUCAGGUUUAGAGACUGGACUGGAGAAAUGAAUUUUUCUGACUUCACAACUUAAGAGGUUUUUAUAUCGAAGCAGUAAAAGUAGAGCCAAUCCUUUCCAGUCACUGUGUGAACUGACUCAGUCACCGAAAGUUGAAAAGCAUGUGGAUUGCUAAUGCACAAAUUGAUAGAAGCAAUCCCCAUCCCUUAGUGUGGGAGGAAGAGUCUGGGUUAGGAUAGUUUCUAGUCCCUCUUUUGAUUCCCAAUAGCCAUGUGACCCCUCGUCGAGUCACUUCCCCGAGUCUCAGGUUCAUCUGUAAGGUGGGGUCCCGACGCCUGCCCUGGAUUCCUCACAGAGCGACCGUGAGGGUCACCCGAGGGGUGAGGUGUGUGAAAAGCACUGGAAAUUAAAGCAUCAGGGAGGCAUGAAGUAUUACUAGGAAAAUCCCUGGCUGAAAGAAAUGUUUGUAGGUCAGAAUAUUGAAGCCAAUAUUAUUAAUCUCUUUUUAGGCAUUUCAGAGUGCAAAAGAAGAUCCCAAAUGCCGUGCUGUACAGUUACGGGAAUUUCUCUUUUGGAAGCAUUAGACAGUAACUACUCAGAUGGGGUAGUCAAUGACCAGGUGGAUUUACAGUGUCACCUGGUCUUGAAAGGAGAGUUGAUACCAGUUAUGAAGAUAAUUAUCGCUGGUGUAAUGUACAGUGGUUGUGAGUUUGGGUGAUGAGUUCCUAUGUGUAUCUUAUUUCUUAGGUAUUUAUUGUUUAGAUUUACUCUAAAUAACUCCAGUAGGCAUUAGUGUUUCUUCCUCUUUCCACGUCUCACCUGGCAAGGUGCUAGCCACGCUGUGACGAUGGCUGGAAGAGGCAGACAGACAAGCCUACAGGGAACGCCUUACCCUCUUCCUGGGUAGGGUGGCUGGUUAAUAUCAAGGGCUCGAUUUUUUGUUUGUGUGAUUCGAAUGCUGUCAGCUUUAGCACUAAGUUGCAAUAAUCCGUCUUCCAGCAUUCACAUUAUUCUGGCACAGACUCUUUUUGAGGGUUGACUGACAUCUUCCUCUUAACUUGCACAUUACUUGUCAUUCACCUUUCCUUAGAUAACAGUAUCUCACCAGGAGAGAAAAACAGGGUAUAUGUGGUUUCCACUAAUUAAUGGACUACUGUUCUUUCCUUGUUCUUCCUAAAAUACCAAGUUGUUUCUUUAAUGAUAUCUCAAAACUGAAAAUGUAUAAAGAAUUAAAUAUGUAUGUAUAAUGGGUCUAUUCUUCCACAGAACUAAGAUGAGGCAAUUUCAGAUGGGGAAAAAAAAUCUUGAAAUAUUUGGUUUUGUACCUGUAAUUUUUAAAUUGAAUUUA